AUGGUUGCAUUAGAUACUGCUGAACUAAUUGAAAUUCAGGUACCUUUGACAUCAUGUAACAAUGGCGGGUACAUUGAUCAGUUAGCCACUGUCGCAUCACUAUCUUCCUUCAUCUUCAACAAUAAUGAUAAUGACAGCAACAACAAAAAUGCUAACAGUAACAACAACUCCUUUGAUAACAAUGUUUUCAAUAGCAAUGACAUAGCAAAUUUCUUGGUCAACAAUAUCAACAACAGCAAUUUGAUUGAUAGCAAUACAUACAAUCAGUAUAUAGUGAGCAACAAUCAACUUAUUAGUGCUAACAAUGCCAGUAACGCCGUUAGUCAUGGCAUCAAUAAUGACAAUCUCGGCAACAGCAUUGAAAGUAGCAAGGGAUUUAUUGAAAUGAGCAACAAUAUCAACUCUGGAAACCAGCUCUACAGCAGCAACCAGAUGAUUAAUAUAAACGAUGCCAAUGCUGAUCAGUUUACCAACAACCAAUUCUUUGAUGGCAAUGAUCUGGCAGCUGUUGAUUUAUUCGGCGACGAUAAUGAUGUUGAUGACGACGACGAUGAGGACGGAAUGGGUAAUCUUGUGAUCGCAGAACAUGUUCCGGUCUUGAAAAAAAGACUCGGGGAACUGGGUCUCUGGACGCUAUACGAAGAUUGA